UAUGUCAUUAUCGCGUCUGUCAGUGAAAAUCCAUAAACAUAAUAUUUUUCAAUCAAAAUAAUGAUUCAUAUCAUCCGUAGUUAAAAAGAAAUAGAAAUCUUAAACUAGUUGCCAGCUGUAUAACUGCAUAAAGAACCAAAAGAACGAUUGCCGCCUUGCAAUAACAAUAGAUUGGAUGGUUGCAAAUUUUACAAAUUGAAUUCAAUAAGUAUGUAAUUAAAUUAACCUAAUCCUUUGUGAAUUCUUUAUAGCUUUAUGAAAUUUUCAAAUAAAGCUAAAUUAAUAAUCAUGGGAGUCGGAAAAAGCCAGUUUACCGAUGAAGAACUUCAGGAUUAUCAGGACUUGACAUAUUUCACAAAGAAAGAAGUAUUAUAUGCACAUCAAAAGUUCAAGUCACUUGCACCAGAAAAAGUAGGGCACAACAAAAAUGUUAAAUUACCAAUGUCUAAAAUAUUACAAUACCCAGAAUUACGAGUAAAUCCAUUUGGAGAUAGAAUUUGUAAAGUAUUCAGUUCAAGUCAAGAUGGUGAUUGUACGUUUGAAGACUUUUUAGACAUGAUGUCUGUAUUCAGCGAUGCUGCUCCAAAAGCUGUGAAAGCUGAACAUGCCUUUAGAAUAUUUGAUUUUGAUGGAGAUGACAUGUUGGGAAUUGGUGAUUUGCGUCAAGUUGUAGAUAGAUUGACAGGAAAUAAAACAUUGAGUGAAGGUGACAUGCAACAAUUGAUUCAGUAUUUACUAGAAGAAGCUGACCUGGAUGACGAUGGAGCCUUGAGUUUUGCUGAGUUUGAACAUAUUAUUGAAAAAAGCAGUGACUUUUCGAAGACUUUUAGAAUAAACUUAUAAAUUAUUGAACCACAACUAAUUUGAAAGACUGACAUUAUGUUGUAGUUUAUACUGCAAGAGAUAAUAAGAGAAAUAUUAUCUAAAAUACAUGUUCAAAAUGUUAGUUAUUCAGACAACAGUAAAUAAUACUUCAAAGUAUUACACGAGACAUUUGAAUAUAAAAAUAUUUAUCAUAGUAUCCUAAUAUUUAUUAUAAAUCCUUCUUAUGGACACUA